UAUAAAAUCUGCUGGUACUGACAAAAACCUCAGUUUACGUGACAGAGAACCAAGUGAUGAGAUAGGACUGUCACGGCAACCUGAAAAUAACUGUUUCGUCUAACUCACGGCCUGCUUUGACAUGGAGGAUAUGCUUUUUGACUUCGACCAAGAUGCCGCCGCAGACUUCGCCUUUUGGGGACAGAUGGACCCGAAUUUCCAGUUUCAGUCUCAGCUGGACAGUUUGCUCUUCGACUGUGGCACAGUAGUAGGACAGUUGUCGCCGUGGUCCUCUUUUGGAUGUCAGUCUGUAUUUCCCGAUGCUCAGCUGACCUUUACCGAUCUAGACUCUCAGUCCCCACAACCGGAGGCCGGUGCUGAAGUGGACAGCUCCUUACUGGACGAGCCUCAGGAGAUCAACACGCACAGACAGCGACGUCUGGCAUCACAUCACCCAUACAAGGUGCAGAGACACGCGGCCAACAUCCGGGAGAGGAAGAGGAUGCUAAGCAUAAAUUCCGCUUUCGAGGAGCUACGGUGUCACGUUCCCACCUUUCCUUACGAGAAGCGCCUGUCGAAGAUCGACACCCUGAGACUCGCCAUCGCUUACAUCGCCCUUCUGCGGGAGAUAUUGAUAUCGGGCUGUGACCCUAAAUCAUACGUGGAUGAAUGUAUGAAAAACGGCUACAAGAACCAGACCAAUGCUAUCUGGAAUACUAGUGAUCUGACAGCGCGCCUCUCCUGGAUAAAGUGGGAUUAAAGUUGGCCUCUGGAUGGACCAGAAAACCAAGCUGCACAUGAGAGGACGAAAGGGAGGGGAGGGGGGUGUUGUUUAUGUGAAUGCCCAUCCACACUCCCUCCUGUCCACCCUGCUUUUUCUACCUCAACUCUCCGCCCCCCCAGUGCACACACAAACACACAUGGACACACACUCACACACACACACACACACAAAACCACUCUCCCUUAAUGACAGUAUCACGUCUUGGCUGACUGACAUCUGCAGACUUCUCAGCGUGUCUGACUCCAGUGCCGUGCACCGGCUGCUUUUUAUAUUCUAAUUUUGCUUGUCACGCGGAGUCCCGGAGUGCCCCCAGUGCUUUGCCCUGCCACUUGUGCCAUGUGCUGUUUGGGGUAAAUAGGGGCCCAUCUGAAGCCGUACGAGGGCAUAGAGAUGCCACUUGUGUACCCCAGAAGGAGAGUGGAGGAGAAUGAUGAGGCCUUGAGACCCAUGAUGAGCUUUUGAUGUGUUUGUGCGUGUGCAGGACUGAAGAGCAUGGCUUUGCCCAUGUACAAGUGUGCUCAUUUCCAUUUGAAUAUUUUGUUCAUCUGCACCACUUGAUGUGUAAAAUAUC